AAGGUAAGUAAAACCCUUACGGCCUUACCUUCUCUAGUAGUCUAGUCUCAUUACCCACCCACCAGAAAACACCAUGGCAAAAUAUUUUUCCUAAUUAAUCCUCAUAGAAAUAUCUUUGCCCUAUCCAUCAACAAUUUUCACAGAGAAUGAAAAAGAACAAAAUGUGUUUUAAAAUAACAUUUUAGCAGAUGAAGUCUAUAACCCUAAUCCUCGAUUACAAGUUACAACACUCUGUAUUUAUCUACUCGAAAAGUCGGCGAACUAUCACUCAUAGUAUCGCAUUUCUAGCAUCAAAUCUUCGAAUUUGUGAAGCUGAUAUAAUCAAAGGAUUGUCGGCAAAUUAACAUCCUUUCGACAAUACCAGAAAUUUGGAUCUUCCGAAAAUCUGAAGAUUUGAUCAGUCAAUGGUGUUCAUGUGAAGUAUGUGUAGUAGAUUGUCGACGAGACUGUUGAAUAUAUGCAUAUCUACUUACUGUAAACUACAAAGAUUGGACAAAGCAGAGUCACUUAUAAUUGAUGGCAUAAGGGUAGGGGUGCUCCCAGAUGUGGUGACUUAUAAUGCCCUUGUUGACGCCUACUGCCGGUUUGUUGGCUUUGAUGCAGCUUACGAUGUUGUUCGUAGGAUGCAAGUUGCAGGUAUUAAGCCUAAUAGAUUUACUUACAAUUCACUGCUUGCGGGUGCUAGCAGGCAAUGCCAACUAUCACUUUCCCUUGAUAUAUUUGAAGAAAUGCUGAAGUUGGGCAUUUCACCAGAUUUAUGGAGCUAUAAUACAGUGAUGCAUUGCUGUUUUAGAUUAGGAAAACCGGAUGAAGCUUAUGGGGUAUUCCGGAAUAUUAUUCUUAAUAAUCUAUGUCCUGAUAGAACUAGUUUCAACACAUUGCUUAAUGGCCUAUGUAAGACUGGGUAUACUAAUCAUGCCCUAAUGUUGUAUAGGAACCUAAAGCGUCAUGGCUGUGAACUUGAGCUGAUAACGUAUAAUAUUCUUAUUAAUGGGCUAUGCAAAGCGGGUAGGCUGAAGGCAGCUAGGUGGAUUCUUAAAGAGCUUGGCGAUUCAGGCUACAUACCCAAUGCUAUUACUUACACUACAGUUUUGAAAUGUUGCUUUAUGUGUAGAAGGUUUGAAGAAGCCUUGGAGGUUUUCUGGGAAAUGAAGAGUAAAGGUUAUACAUUUGAUGCCUUUGCAUAUUGCACAGUUGCAGGUGCUUUUGCUAAGAAAGGCAGGCUAAAAGAGGCAAAUGAUUGCAUGGAAGCAAUGUUGAAAAGUGGGAUAGCACCCGACAUUGUAUCUUAUAAUACGUUGAUGAAUAUUUAUUGUAAAGUGGGGAAGUUUGAGGCUGUAUAUGAACUGUUAGAUAAGAUAGCAAAAGCAGGGUUAGAAUGUGACAAUUAUACUCAUACCAUUUUGAUUGAUGGAUUUUGCAAGUCAGGGAACAUACAGGGGGCUCAGAGACAUUUACAAUUAAUAAGCUCCACAGGCUUUAGUACAAAUCUGGCAGCCUUUAACAGUUUGCUUGAUGGGAUGUAUAAAGCUGGCCAUGCCAAACGUGCGAUGAAUCUAUUUAAGUUGAUGAAGGUGAAGGAUGAAUUUACUUAUUCCUCCUUGGUGCAUAAUCUUUGCAAAGAAAGGAAGUUUAGGAGUGCGUCCAAACUCUUAUUGUCUUGUCUAAAGAAUGGGAUGAACAUACUUAAAUCUGCCGAGCGGGCAGUUAUUAGAGGUUUUCGUAAUUCAGGAUUCAGAAGAGGCGCAAGGGAACUCCAAUCAAAGAUUAGAAUGGCAAAAUUUCUACGUUAGAGUUGUAACGGACAUUCGUUUGGCAGAAUACCUUAUUAAAUUGUUAAUGUUCACUGCUGCCUCGUAUUUUUGCUAGUAUUUGAGACUUUGACCAAGAAAUGCGAGGGAAUCCUCUUGGGUCAGGCAUACGCUCCCCCUUGCAUUUGGAAGUUAUGCAACUGCUAACGUAAAGCUCUUGACCGGCAAGAUAGAGCUAAGACUGUUGAGAUACUUGUAGGUGACAUGAAUGUAUUUUCGACAUUCAAGGAAGACCUUUAAGGAAAUUUCACUACUCUUAAUAACUUCAGGUAUGUUUUAUUGACCUUAUUGAGCAAGUGAUGACAACUAUGUGGAUGCCAACCGACAUGGUAAAUUCUCGGGCACUAACUCUUAAUAACUUCAGGGUACGUUUUACGGAUCUUAUAGAACAAUCUUUGACUAGAAAUUUCUCGUCCUCAGAAUUUGUUGGAUAUUGCCGAAAAAUCAUGUGUCUUGCUUAUUAUGUUUCAUUUGAUUAUUUCCUGCAGCUAUUUCAACCUACAGUUGCAGCUGCUAAUGCUUUCGCUUGCUUGAUGGCAAAUGUCGCAACAUCAAUUCAAGCAGCAGUUGUGACUUAUGAUUGCAUUAUUCUAAAAGCUCCCAGAACAUUUAGCACGGUUGAUUGUCAGAAUCCUGAUUAUGAACAGCUGAUGGAACAUCUUUGCCCUGCACAAUUUGUGGAGGAGUUACUUAUCAAACACCCCGCCGUCAAGCUCCUUGGUCGCUAGAUGACCUCCCAAGAUCUGUGGCAUUUUAUUUAACCCAAUGCUCUUCUGUCACAAGCAUGGAUUUCCAUCCCUCUCAUCCCAAAUUGCUGCUUGGUAUGAAGGCUACUCAAGCGUUUAUCUGUUGUACUUUUGUACACACUUUUUGAUGUCUUAUGCCAACUUGGAUGUUUAUACUAGUUGGUUCAUCUAACGCGGAAGUUACACUUUGGGAAGUUGGAGUACGCGAGAAAUCGAUCUGGAAGCCAUUCAAAUUUGGACAUGGCUUUGUGCUCUUUAGAGUUUCAAGUUUAUGUAGUAUAGUAUUAUAAAACUGUACUACUCUAGUGUAUCUCUGGUUCAGAAUCUCCCUGUGUAUCUUUUGUUUUUGGGUCGAUUGGCCUGAUUCGUAAUAGAAAGGGCCAUUUGCGACAAUGCUAAACAUCGUCGCAAAACUUCUUAAAAUU